AUGUCACCACUUGGAUUAAAAGCCAUUGUUGGAGAAAAGAUAAUGAACAAUGUCAUCAAGAAGGCAAGAGAAAAAGGGAAGUGGAAGGUGCUGGUGGUGGACAAGCUGAGUAUGAGGAUGAUUUCCUCCUGCUGUAAGAUGACAGACAUCAUGUCAGAGGGAAUCACCAUUGUAGAAGACAUAACCAAGCGGCGUGAGCCUCUACCCAGCAUGGAGGCCAUCUACCUGAUCACACCUUCAGACGAGUCUGUGGAGAGUCUGAUCGAUGACUUCAGAGACCCACAGUCUCCGAGGUACCGGGCAGCUCACGUCUUCUUCACCGACACGAUCCCAGACAUCUUGUUUGGACUGUUGACCAAAUCCCGCGCCUCCAAAGCCAUGAAGGCCUUGACUGAGAUCCAUAUCGCCUUUCUGCCCUAUGAAUCACAGGUCUUCUCCCUGGACAAAGUGGAUGCCUUUCAGGACUUCUACAGCCCCUUUAAGGCUGAUGUGAAGAAUAACAUGCUGGAGCGUUGUGCUGAGCAGAUCGCUACCUUCUGUGCCACGCUCAAAGAGUAUCCUGGAGUCCGAUACAGAGUGGAGUACAAAGACUGUGCAGUUCUGGCCCAGAUGCUUCAGGAGAAGCUGGACGGCUACAAGGCUGAUGACCCCGCCAUGGGAGAGGGUCCAGACAAGUCUCGUUCUCAGCUGCUCAUUCUGGAUCGUGGCUUCGACCCUGUGUCACCUAUCCUGCAUGAACUCACGCUGCAGGCCAUGGCCUAUGACCUGCUGGGAGUCGAGAACGAUGUCUACAGUUUUGAGACCAGUGGGAUGGGAGAGACGAGAAUGAAGGAGGUGCUGCUGGAUGAAGAUGAUGACCUGUGGCUGACUCUGAGACACAAACACAUCGCAGAGGUGUCAACGGCUGUGACCCGUUCUCUGAAAGAAUUCUCUAACAGCAAAAAGAUGAACACUGGAGAAAAGACCACCAUGAAGGAACUGGCUCAGAUGCUGAAGAAGAUGCCCCAGUAUCAGAAAGAGCUCAGUAAGUAUUCAACUCAUCUCCACCUGGCUGAGGACUGUAUGAACCGCUACCAGGGUACUGUGGACAAACUCUGUCGUGUAGAACAGGAUCUGGCAAUGGGCACUGAUGCAGAGGGAGAGAAGAUCAAGGAUCCCAUGAGGCUGAUUGUACCAGUUCUACUAGACCCCAAUGUCAGUGUCACUGACAAGAUUCGCAUCAUCCUGCUCUACAUCUUCCUCAAGAACGGGGUGACUGAGGAGAACCUAUGUAAGCUCCUUCAGCAUGCCAACAUCCCACCAGAGGACAGCGACAUCAUUUCCAACAUGGCCCACAUGGGCGUUCCUAUUAUCUCUGAGGGCAUCCCCAAGAAAACCAAGAAGCCGGAUCGCAAAGAGCGAAUCAGUGAGCAGACCUACCAGCUGUCCAGGUGGACUCCUCAGGUCAAGGAUCUCAUUGAGGAUGCCAUUGAGGACAAACUUGACCCCAAACUGUACCCGUAUAUUUCCCAGCGACAAGUGUCCUCCAAAACCAGUGCUCCAUCCAGUGCUCGCUAUGGUAACUGGCACAAGAACAGAGGCCCCACAGAGAUUAAGACGGGGCCGAGGAUCAUCAUCUUCAUUAUUGGAGGGAUGACGUAUAGCGAGAUGCGUUGCGUGUAUGAGGUCACCCAGGCCAAUGGCAAGUGGGAGGCCCUGAUCGGAUCAACUGAAAUCCUCACCCCUGCUCGCCUUCUGAAAACCCUCAAAGACCUAGAGAAAGAAACACAGACCAGCUAAGAAGUUCUUGUAGUGCCCCCCCCCCCGCCCCAAGCAUGACACACCUAACAUACACUCGAUGC